UUAUAACAGUGUCUUUUGGGUUUACUUAUAACUGUUUCUUAAUGAUAAUAUUUGUGUGAAAAAGUGGUUUUAAAUAGAAAUUUUGAUUCAAUAUUGCAAAUCUAUGUUAAAUAAUAUAUUUCAUAUUUAGCUUAAUUAUCAAUAUUUUUAUUGUUGGUAAACUUUAUGUUUGAUUAUCAUAUUGUUUGAGUUUUAAGUGUUGCUGUUAUGACAAACUAAACUUUAAAGGUUUCUGUCAUUAAAUUUACGAUGACCGACAGGCGCAAAUGCGCAAAAAAAUGUAAACAAAUUUUGCAACAAUCGCGCUUCCGGUUUAGACCGGAAGUGAGCGGAUUCGCAUCGGUUUUCUAAUUUAUGGACAUUCCUUUUGUGUUGCAACUAUGCCUCGCGGAAACGAGAUACCAGAAAGAUUUAGAGCUAGAAUAGUGGAUUUGCACACAGCAGAAAUAGGUUAUAAACUGAUUUCAAAGAAUUUAUAUAUUCAUUUAUCCACAGUGACGCUGCCGCGGAGCGGGCGACCAUCGAAAAACAUCCCGAGGAGACYACGUAGGACGGACCGGGAGGUUCAUCUGGCGUCCCAGUAAAGCUUGGAUCCAGGGGUCAGAGGUCAACUAGAACCUGCACUUGUCCCCCUUAUCCCCGCACCCCCACCUCACCUCCUUCCCCAACCCCUGAUCCGCUCACGGCCCCUCCAUCGUCUGUCCUCUCCCCCGAGUUUUACCCCCUUACACGUGUACCUGUGAGCUUCACUUCCUGUUAGAAACCCCCCCAGCCCCCACCCUCAGAGAGUGGUUGUUGUUCUUUUCAUGAGCAGAGAUCAGCUGUUCUCCACACUCUUCUAGACCCAGAUAACGCCUCUCGCUCCCAGGCCUCAAGAUGAUGUGUGAGGUGAUGCCCACCAUCUCCGAGGACGGGCGAGGCGGCGGGGCGGGCGGCUCGUCCUCCCCGGCGGGCGGAGGAGGAGGAGGAGGGAUAGGCGGCGGGAUGGGAGGCUACGGCGGCCGAGACCCCCGUGGCGUUGGAGGAGGUGGAGGAGGAGGAGGAGGAGGGGGCGAUGAAGGAGGAAGCACGGGGAACCUGGAGUCCCUGAUGGUCAACAUGCUGACGGAGAGGGAGAGGCUGCUGGAGAGCCUGAGGGAGACGCAGGACAGCCUGGGCACGGCYCACCUUCGGCUGCGAGAGCUGGGACACGAGAAGGAGUCUCUGCAGAGGCAGCUGUCCAUCGCCCUGCCGCAGGUACGGGCACUCAGGAGGGACAACAACCACAGAAACACCCUUCGCACACAUGGCAACCAUUCGCUCCGGUCAAAAAUCACACGUCGCUCAGAAGGUUUGAAUCCCAAACUAUAAAUGUUUUUCUUAUAAAUAAACAGCUUUAAAAAGAUGCAACAAAACAUCUGAGCUGGAAAAGUUCAAACUAAAUCAUUUCACUGCACAGAUUUAACAUCAUUUAACCCGUCGUUAUCAAAGGCACAUGGCUGAUAAUGGAUCUGUUCGCAAAAUAUCUCUGGAGGGAUUUCAUCUUAUGCAUGUUAGCUGACACAAAAUGAGUCAAACUCAAAUCAUUUUAGUUAUUGAGCAUAUUGAUUUGACCGGAAUGUUUCUUGGGCUAGGAUUUAAUUAACUUAGAUUUUAUCCCUUUCUUAACCAAAUACUGAUUGAGGAACUCAUCAGUAAUAARUAGACUUUGGCUUUUAGAUCUGAACCAUGUUUAGACACAAAUUAUUUUGUUUUCCAUCUAAUGACAUCAUUUUACAUCAUUUAAGUGAUUCGUGCACGUUGACUGACGUGUGUUGAAGACCUUCCUUUAGCAUCAGUCUCCAGAUUAAACCAUAGUUUAGUGUAAGCUGAGCGUCGGACAACCAGAACACUGAGUCCAGUUCUGAGUGAAAAUCUGAGGAUGAGAGCUGAGCGACAGAAAGAUGUCAGCUUUAUAUCCCAUCAUUUGUUGCAUAAAUCAUCUCAGAGUAAAGACUUGUUCCUGUGGAUUUAUGGAAGUCAAUUCAAAAAAUAUGUAAAAUGUAAACAUGACGAGCUGCAGGUAACGAUCCGGACAGCUCUGAACAGAACUGGUUCAGACCUCUGAGUAAUCUGGGUUUUAACGCUGCAACUUUUUUUUUUGCUUUAAUUUAACAAACAAGUUGAUUUGUUCUCAGACAACAGAGUUUGUUAAUUCAUGUUUUUUUCUUUAUAAAUAGGAAGAAAUGUUGAAUUAAGCUAAAAAAAUGUGUUUUUAUGACAGAACAAUUUAUAUCUUUGAAUGUUUUCACUUUAGAUCAGAUUGUUUAAGGUAUAAUUGCUUCAUUUUUUAACAUACAGGUCAAAAGUGAUUAAUGAAAUAAAUAAUUAACAAUUAUUCAUCAGUUGUU